AUGGACCCACUUUCCAGGAGCUCGGUGGCCCCGCAGUCUUGUGGUACAUCUGCACUGUCCCCUAGAGAGCUUGCACAGCACCUUUAUCAAAUGUAUGUUCUCCCGCAGCGGGUUGGGCCUUCUUUGGCGUAUGCUGCAUCACACGCGCCUUCCAACGAAACGUCCGCAUGCCCUGCUCCAGAGAAACCGCAGGAAGCUAAGGACAUUCAGCAACUCUUUUAUGAUCGAGAUACUUGGACUGAGCUUUACCACUCGAUUGCUAUCCAGCAGAGAGAGCUCCUAUCUCGCAUACAGUUGGAAGCUCUUGAUCACUACGGCCGUCUUUCGAUGCCUCCUCUCUCGAGACCAUAUGAUUGCGAGAAUCUUUCUGCAGAUGUUAUCUCCUCGUGUACCUUUGAAAUAUGCGAAUAUCUACAAGGAGAACGCGCACUUGCUCCCAUGGAAGAUCCUUUUCCUCCAAUUAACGACGACACAGAGAAGUUUCUACUGACAUGUGUACAUACAUCCUUGGACGUCAUGGACGCUCCCGUGGGUACCGCUCCAGUACUUCCUACCCCAACAUAUUCGUUUGAUAACUUGCUACAAAGACCAUGCUGUAUUGAUUGGAGUAUAUUCUACCUUUCCUCAAACCGUGCAGAACCAUAUACAGAGGUAAGUAUAGCAGAUAUUCUGUCACUGCCCUCAAAUUUAGUCUCUAAAGUUCCUCGUGAUACCAGCACAAUUUUUGUUGACAUCCACAGAUUGUUGUUUCAAUGUAUCAAGCAUGCAAGCUCCAUGCUGACACGUUCCUUUGGUCUUGAUAGCAGCACUCCUCCUUGUUUUAGAACUAGCACUGCAGCAACAUUAUCAGCCAAUGAAUUCUGGUCUCUGCAGGUCCUUACUGACCGGCCCCAAGCAUAUCUUCUGUUAGUUCCGUCGACCUUCCAGUCUUCCCAGUUUUCGGCAAAUAUCUAUCUUUGCUUCCUUUCUCUCUUCUUUACCUCAUAUAUUGGGUUAGCCCAGCUCUUAUUUGAGAGGGUCUCUGACUUCAGCAAUCUUUAUACUUUGCACUCUAUUUCUUUUUUCCAAUCACCUGCCAUUGAACAUGAAGAUCAAGACAUGCUCACAUCUAUGCAAUUCCUUCAUUUGCCUUUGCUUGAGAACUUUAGCCAAGUAUUCACAUCGUACAACGCGCUGCUUUUUCUUCUCAGUGACACAUCCAUUCAGUCACAAAUUUUACAGACCAAUGUAGCUGUUGGUCUUACUGCACUUGAUUCAUCUGUUCUUAGUACACUUGAGGUCAUGACCAAUGAAGAAUCCUUGCUUCUUACUCUUACUUUGUGCAAGAAGCUGGGCACUAAUCUUAAGAACUAUGGUGGAUUUUCCCAACGACUUCUUUACAUAGAUGCCAAAGAGCGCUAUUCACAAAAUAUAAGUGCCCUUCCAUAUCCCUCUUGGGUGCAGUUCUGUCGUGGUAGCCUUUCUUGGUAUGAAGACUAUGGAUUACACAGUAUCACCCCACAUGCUUGUCUGUAUCCAUUGCUUACUGAAACACCGUCGUCUCUGAUAAGUAAUACAGGGAAGGAGUUUCACUACGACCCACAACUAUCAUCUUAUUGUACCAAGGAAGCACUUAGUAACAGUACCUUUCUUCAACGCUCGAUUCCUCUUAAGCCGCUUCGUGUUUCUACCCUUCGCCACCAUGACACAUCCCUGAAAUCAUCACGGACAAAGCGACGAACGGUACCAGACGUUCAAAAGAGAUCUCGCAGCCAUGACCAGUCCUCCGAUCUUAAGGAUAUAGGCAAUAGUCACUCCGCAGCCUGGGCUCUGACAGACGCCCUCCAUCAAGGGAGUGCCUUAGGUCUAAAUCCAGGUACUACCGACGGGGGGAUACUCACGAUCAAUUCGCUCAGUCAACUAGCAAUUGGUAGCACCACUGAGUUUAAGACGCUAUACAAUCAUACAGACGAAUAUAUCGAUAGUGCGGUAACCCUCUUCGACUAUACAAAUUAUUCAUUUGAAGAACGAUUACAGCGAAACAAGGCUUUUCUACCACCACAUGUGAUAACAGCAACAACAAUCCAGAACAGGUUGAUUUCCUAUGCCACAAAGCACAUGAUGAAGCGUCUUCGUAGUAACAAACAAGCAUUCGCGCCUGGCGCAGAGUUAGCCAGAAUCCGUCGCGUAGUAAAAGACCAAAUAUCAACGUAUAAGAGGCUACUGAGAGAGGGACGCGACGCUUACAACAGAGACUCUAAAAUUCGAGUUAAGCUAGAGUCUAAAAGAGCAGAGCAACUACAGGAGAAGCAUCAAAGAGAGAGGCUUGACUUUUUGAUAAGGCAGACCGAACAAUACACAUUUGAUAAUAUAAAAUCUAAAACAGGGGUGACUCUGGUGAACACAGGAGCGGAAAAGGCAAACCUGGAUAGCACCGAUUUGUUUAAACUAAAGAUUCUACGAGAAGACCUUGAGAACGAGUACACUGACGAAGAAGAGGCGCUUUCAAAGGCAAAGGAUAAUCCAAGGACUCUAAACAUAAGCGGGCUCAAUAUUGACUUAAAGAAGCAGCCGACGAAGUUUAUUGGCAAGCUUAAGAAAUACCAAAUUAUCGGUUUCUCAUGGCUUGUCAAUCGGUUUGAACUGGAACUAAAUUCCAUUCUAUCAGAUGAAAUGGGGCUGGGAAAAUCUGUCCAAACAAUUGCAUUUUUUCAACAUCUGGUCGAAAAGUAUCAUUAUCAUGGCCCGUUCCUAAUCAUAGCACCCAACUCUCUUCUGAUAAACUGGAUAAAGGAGCUUAAGAAGUUUGUGCCUAGUUUACUUUUGUGGCCGUAUUGGGGAACCCAGCGGGAAAGGAUGCUCAUCAAACGUGGAUGGGCCACGACUCUGAACUUUGGCCACAACAUAGAUACUGCCAUGGAAAAGAACGAAAGUGUCCUGGGGAAAUCCGACUCAAUCUUACAUGUUGUUAUAACUUCAUAUCAGAUAGCAGUGUCUGACAUAAAGACCCUUGCAGCGAUACCGUGGAAGACAAUAGUGCUGGACGAAGCCCAGCUUAUUAAGUCCAGUGGAACGCAACGUUGGAGGACUAUCAUGAAGUACAAGUCGCGCUGCAAGGUGUUGCUGAGUGGUACGCCUAUUCAGAACUCACUCGAAGAGCUCUGGGCUUUAUUGCACUUUGUCAUGCCAGAGCUUUUCGAGCGGAAGGAUGACUUUGCAGAGUGGUUUAGUAAAGAUAUUGAGUCUGCAGCUAGUAGGCUUGGUGCAGUCAAGUUAAAUGCAGACCAACUUCGCCGCCUUCAGGGAAUCCUUGCACCCUUUGUUUUACGCCGUGUAAAAGGAGAUGUAGAGAAGGAUCUGGGAUCAAAGAAAGAAAUAAUUAUCAAGUGCUCAAUGAGCUAUCAUCAGGCACGGUUGUACAAGACUGUUCAGCAGCAGUUUUCCCUAGAUACCAUGCGCAGCUCUAAAGAUGACGCAGACAUUAGAAAUAUUGUCAUGCAAUUGAGAAAAAUAUGCUGCCAUCCAGAUCUCUUUGAACACACUAGUUCCGUGGGUCCGUUUAUGCUUUAUUUCUUCAUCUCACAGUCUAGAUGGUGCCAAGGAACAAAGUACUUAGAGGUUAUGAAGGCUGACAUGGAGGGAGACCCUGAUGAUGACGAUGACAGACUAUCAACUGUGACCUCAGCAACAGGCUUGGUGGCAGCUGGCCAGAAGCAGCAGAAAAACUUGCGUCGUGUAUCUACAUCCAGUCAGACCUCUGGUCUGGCCGGGGUGUCAUCACUAUCUUCUAUUCACAAUGGACCUGCUGCCCAAGAUGCUGUGCUUCCUACGACUUCUAGUAUGCCACUUAUUUCUGGGUUGAGUGAUCUUCCUGGAGUGUUCCAACUUGAUGGAGACCAGAUAUCCACAGUUGAUUCCCAGUCUUCACUAGUAGCUACAGGAGCAGACGAUUCUUUAGGAAAUAGUAAGCUGCUUAAUGCGCGUAGAGAUUUAAUUUUCAAGCGUACUGCGCAGAGCGAUGUAGAGGCGUUUACAGAUAUCUUUGUCAAGAUAGGAAUACCAGAUAUAGCACGCGCCAAUUAUAUUGGACGUCGCAUCAACCCAUCGAACGCAUGUAGUGACAUAGAACUUUCCCUUCCCUCACCUGUUCUCCUUGGAUUCUGUAGUGACCUCGCUCAAAAGAUCCUAGAGUGUACCAUAGCAAAAUACUUUAACAUUUGGAAUACUGAUGUACCUGUUUUGCGGACAAUUUCGAGAUUUUUAGCCCUUUCGGUUCAGGAUUUGGGGUUCUUAGCAUAUUGUCCUUUGCUUAUUGCACACAAUGCAGCAUGGCCAGCUCUAUUCCCGAUGAUAGCACAUUUCCCCUUCGACACGAAGUAUGAAACAAGGUUUUCUAUAGUGUUACAUCUGUAUAGUCUAAUUGGAAGCCAGCUCAUGUCUUUUGAUAGAUCGAUUCUUUCUAGUACUUUCUCAUCAACGCUGCCAUCCAUCUUGGUUAAUCCUUCCAGUCUUUUAAUAGUUUCUCCAAUGUCUCAUCUCUUGGUUUCUGAUGCCCUUGAAAACGGCCAAUCAGACACCUCAGCUGAGCACUUUGCCAUCGAAAAGACUAGCUGUGUUUUCACUAAUACACUUUCUAAAGAAUAUCAUGUAAGGUAUACUCAGAGGGAUCUCCUGGCGCUGCAUCAGUUCAAGCAGCAUUGGCUGAUAAAGGCGGCAAACGAUUUUCUAGAAAGCCAACAUCUCAAUCAUUUGUUGGUCUAUGAUGCUAUAGCACCUAAGGUCUUUGGGCUGCAACCUCAGGUCCAUAUCCCGACUAUCUUUAAACCGAUGCAUACUCACGACGUACAGGCUCUCCUGCGAGGCGAGGAGCUUUAUCGAGAAAGCACGUUUAUGGGAUCUCUAAUUACACCUCAGUCCUACCUUCCUCUUAAGCUAUAUGAUCAAAAGUACGUAAGCAACUCUUUGCUAAACUGCCCCGUUUAUUCUAAGUCUGUUCUCCGUCUAAUAAAGGACUCAGGAAAACUGACAGCCCUCGAUAAACUUCUGCACAACCUGUACAAGACGCGUGAGCCUGUUUUGAUCUAUUGUCAGAUGACCAAAAUGCUUGAUCUUCUAGAGGACUACCUAGUUUUCAGGCGCUACAACUACGUGCGCUUGGACGGAGGUGAUGCGGUAAAUAAGCGAGGGCAGAUUGUAGAGCGCUUUAUGACGGAUGACACCAUCUUUGUUUUCCUACUGAGCACAAGGGCAGCAUCUUUAGGUCUUAACUUGACAAGGGCAAGCACUGUUAUCUUCUAUGAAAAUGAUUGGAACCCCACACAAGAUGCCCAGGCAAUGGACCGGGUUCAUCGUUUAGGUCAGAAGAAGUCAGUCGUUAUCUAUCGGCUUGUCACAGAAGGCAGCAUUGACGAGAAGAUAUUGGAAAAAGCAAGAAGCAAGGAGAUUGUCCAAGAGUUGGUCCUUCGAGGACAGAGACGUGAUGAAUUCGGAAAUCUGGUGCAUGUGGAUGCCUAUGAUAACCAGCCUAGCAAGACUAAUGUGCGACGUAUGACGAGAGACGACUAUCUGGACCUUCUUCUUCCGUCCAAAGGAGACAAAUGA